CCGAUCUCGGCUUCUGCAGCUUCUCGUUGCACACAUCGCGUCGCAUUACCGAGCAUCCCAGGGGAUAGAUCUAGGGUUUGACCCCCGGCAGAAGAAGCCAGAUGCUGUCAGCAGGACCCUUGGUUAUGCGACAGAGUGGACCAGUCGGCCCACUCCAACACUUGCCCUUAACCGCAACAACGAAAUGAAAUUUCCGGGGUUGGAAAACCUUAUCGACUACAUGCAUUAAUAUAAGGAAACGACGUGGCACGUGGGGACCUGAAAACUUUCAAGUUGCUCGGGAAUGUGGCGAAGAUGUCAGCGCCCCACGGAGGAUAACCCUUGGUGGCUACUUAACUGGGCAAUAUCCCUUACUGUCGAUCCCUGCUCUAGGAAUGUACAUCUGCUAGGACAAUCUUAACGGCAAUCCCUAGGAAAUCUUGACUUUCCGAAACGUUGCCGUACACGUACAUAUCCACUGCGGGGCCCCUUGGCAUGGCGAUUUUCGAUGACGGCAAAACCUCGGUAAGGCUGGCAUGCGGUCGCAGCAUGAAUGGGCAUCUCAGCUUCUUGGGGCAAAAGUUCUGCUACUGUCGAUUUUGAAACACUAGCUAGUGCUGGGUGUUCUGCCUACCACCGCCGGUCACCGCACACCGAAGUACGAGCGGGUCUAGAAGUCGAAAAUCUGGAGACGGGGGCGCACACUCCAUAUGGCUCGGGUUUUCCCAAGUUCUCUGAAUCGGACUAGGAACAUCAGGUGAACAGUCGAGGCCCAGAACGACGGAAAAGAAAGUUUCC